AUGAUAGAUCUUCAGGAUAGUUUGGCUCGCCUUCAUCCUUGUGCUGUAUGCAUUUCUAAGGUAAGGGAGUCUCUUGCCCUGAUUCAAUAUGGUGAAAACGACAACUUCACUACUGUAUGGAUAAUGGAGCCUCAUGGGUCUCAAAGAUCGUUUACAAAGCUGUUCACCAUAAAAACUCCACACGACUGUAUAGUGGGAUUUAGCAAAAAUGGCAUACCUAUAAUGCAAGUGACGGAUGAAGCUGAUUAUUAUGGACUGGCUAAACUUGUGGUUUAUGAGCCCAACUCAGAACACAGCAAUGUUCUUGAGAUUUGUGAUAUGCCUUAUCACUUCAGUAUUCAUUCCUACAUGGAAACACUACUUUGCUCUGUUGAUCUGAUUAUUGCAACGGGGAUGAUGUUACUUGAUGUAUGUAUACAAAUUAGCACCUUGUUUAAAAUAUCAAGUGAGGGAAUGACGUUGCAAUUCGACGGUGCCUGUAACUUUGCUGUUGAACGAAUUAGGGCAGUUGCUUCUGAUGGCUUUGUGAAGGUGCAAACCAAGGAAGAUAAGUUUGUGAAGCUGGUUGGUUCUGAUUUGAACCUGACAAAGCUUGGGAUUGGAGCAAUACUAGUAAUUGGAACAAUUUCAAAUGGGAUGGUAAGUUUGAUUAAAUAUUGA